AUGGAUAGGUUGAAUCACAACUCACUGAAUGGGAAAAGUAUCACCGGUGCAGAAGAUUUGGAUGUUGUUAUCUCUGCUCCUUUCCCUUUCAAGAACCAGAAGCCUCAGUCAGUAACCGUUGGAGAUACUUCUUACGACUCCUUCACCAUCAAGAACACUACGGACGAGGCUGUGGAUUUAUGGACCAAAAUUUACGUAUCUAACCCUGAGGAUUCUUUCACCCUUUCCAUCUUGAAACCGCCUUCGAAAGAUUCAGACGUCAAGGAUAUUGGUUUGCAUACGAAUGUUAUAAGUGUUGAUUGGGGGUGUGACAACGUUGAGCAUGUUGUUUUCCUUUUGGCUGAGGAUAAGAUAUAG